AGAAUCUUGACAAAACUUGGUAUUUCUAGAUAAUGUUCAUACAAUAAGUGAUACCACAAUAGCAGUUGUCCAAUAAACAACAAUUCCAUAAGAGCAUUAAUAACCUACCAUGGGAGUUGUGCUUCUUUUAGUGGUAAUAUUGCUACAGUUUUCUGUAUCAUCUGCCCUCAAUUCUCUGCAACAGAACUUGGAUCCGUCUCCAUUUCCUGCCGACUUCAUAUUCGGAGUUGCAUCGUCUUCUUACCAGGUUGAAGGUGCUUAUUUGAGUGAUGGAAAAGGUUUGAACAACUGGGAUGUUUGUACUCAUAAACCAGGCAAAAUAGUUGAUGGAAGCAAUGGAGACGUUGCGGUGGACCAGUACCAUCGGUAUCUGGAUGACAUUGAUCUAAUGGAAUCCUUAGGAAUCAAUAGCUAUCGAUUUUCUAUUUCGUGGGCGCGAAUCCUUCCAAAAGGGAGAUUUGGAGAUGUCAAUCUGGCUGGUAUUAGCUACUACAACAAGCUCAUUGAUGCUCUUCUGCUUAAAGCGAUUCAGCCGUUUGUGACGUUGACUCAUUUUGAUUGGCCUCAAGAACUCGAAGAGAGAUAUGGGAGUUUUCUAAGUCCAGAAUCCCAGAAGGAUUUUGGACAUUAUGCAGACAUUUGCUUCAAGUACUUUGGAGACAGAGUCAAGUUCUGGGCAACUUUCAAUGAGCCAAAUUUUCAAGCCAUCUUAGGCUACCGAUCUGGUGAGUACCCACCAUUUCGCUGUUCAAGCCCUUUCGGGAAUUGUACAGCAGGGGACUCCGAAAAGGAACCUUUUAUGGUAGCGCAUAAUAUUAUCUUGUCACACGCAACUGCAGUUGAAACUUACAGAACCAAAUACCAGAAAGAGCAAGGAGGCAGCAUCGGAAUAGUCAUGCAUUGUGCGUGGUUUGAACCUAUUACCAAUUCCACCGCGGACCAGUUAGCUGCUGAAAGAGCUCAAUCUUUUUUCAUGAACUGGUUCUUGGACCCAAUAAUAUUUGGAAAAUAUCCUGAAGAGAUGACACAAAUUCUGGGGUCUACUUUACCAGAAUUUUCAAGUAGUGACAAGGAAAAACUGAGUAAGGGACUGGAUUUCAUUGGAAUUAACCAUUACACCAGUUACUAUAUCCAAGACUGUAUCUCUUCUGUCUGUGAAAUUGGGAGAGGAGGCUCCAAAACUGAAGGCUUUUAUCAACAGACUCAACAGAAAAAUGGAGUUUCCAUUGGUGAAUGUGUAAGAAUUUUACGGCCUGAUUUCGAAUGGCAAUGUGUAUAUCCCCAAGGAAUGGAAAAGAUAGUUACCUAUCUCAAAGAAAGAUACCAUAAUAUACCAAUGAUCGUCACGGAAAAUGGUUAUGGAGAACCGAACAAUCCAAAGCUCGGCAUUGAAGAAGUUCUUCAGGACGCAGAAAGGAUAGAAUACAUGUCUGGUUAUUUAGAUGCAUUAUCGACUGCCAUGAAGAAAGGAGCAGACGUAAGAGGGUAUAUUGUAUGGUCGUUGCUUGAUGAUUUUGAGUGGACUCAAGGGUACAGACUCAGAUUCGGACUUCACCAUAUUAACUACACCACACUGAAGAGAACUCCAAAACUAUCGGCAACUUGGUACAGAAAAUUCAUCGCUAACUAUCGGAUAUACAACUCCAAAAUAUGACAUGUAAACAGGAGUUGCUACUCUAAAACUCGCAGUUCUGUAUCCAUUUACUCAUGCCAUAAAUAAAGCAUUUCACAAAUGAAAUCAAUUUUGAUGCAA